UGAUCCUGCAUAUGAAAGUAGUGCGUGUGAAAUGCCAAAACUCAACAGUCUGAGUAUUUUCAUCCACCGUUGUGAUGUUCAUUUGUGUGUGUGUUGAGUUGCGUGAGGAGAUCUGUGUGUGAGGAUAAUCAACAUGACGCAGUGCUGGGCUCCACUCAUCGUUGUUUACCUGUCCAUCUACCUGGCAGCCACUCAGCACUACAGGAAAGCGCUGUAUCCAUCUGCAUAUAGGAUAAAGCGAGAGACAUAUUCGCUCCUCAACCCCACAUUCCAGCGUUCAGUGGAUGAUGUCAACCUGCUUUUUGAGAUCCUGCUAGCUGGAAUGCAGAUCCAAGGUGUGGAGAACACCAUGCUGAUCCCAGAUGAGGAGCUGGCCUCCCUGAGGAGCGUGGAGAAGCUGGAGGUCAUCUGUGACGACAUCGUCCCCAAGAGGCUCUCCGACAUUCGCCGUCUGACAGCAGAGCUCGCCCAGCACCGGCAACCUCUGAGCCAACAGGACUUUGAGAGGACGGUGCUGACCCUGGUGUACACCACUCAGACGCUGGCUCGAGUUAGCAACCAACAUCAAAGAGAGGCAUGGACGGACGCUGUGAUACAGCUGUUCAGAGCCAUUCAGAAGGACCUCAGACCCUCUUAAGUUAUUAUGUGUGUCUUACAUACCCUGCAUACUAAUUCUAUACAGUUUGGACUACAGUAUUGUUAUAGUAUACUAUUUUUGCAAUUGGUAUACAAGAAAGUGUGACAAAAAAAUCAUCUCAAUUGAUCAACUCAAGGUCUAGUAACUCUUUCCAGAUCUUUCAACCACAUCUUGCAGUUUUCCUCAGCUGACGCACUAGCUCCAACAGCUGAGUUGCUGAGUUUUCAAACACAUAUGCUGUGGAAAAAAAGCUAGGAAGCUUUUUUUGCUGGUCAAACCGUUUCCUAGGUCGAAAAUGAACUUUUAAACUGAAGAAAUUAAUGCACUUUACUGUUAUGUACCAACAGGAAAUAAUGCGAUACAAUAGCUUAUUGUCUUUGCUUUCUGUGCUCUUCUAGAAACUGUCUCACCACUAUCCAGCAUCUGUGUCAUUGCUUCUGUGAAAUUCUUUGUGGGACGAUGGGUAGCACCCUCAAAAAUCAAGCGAAUUCAGCAUCUGUUCAAAUACCUAAACCUGCAGUCUUGAGCACUCAAGUGCAUGUUUACACACCUCCGAGUGGUAGACAGUGUUUCCCAUCUGUGAAAAACACACAAUAAAACUUAGCCCGAGACUUGAUGCCACAUUAAAAAAAGCUCCUUUUCUAAAGAUUUCAUCACAAAAACAGUUUGCCCAGUUUUAUGCUGGAGGUGUGCAAGAGAGAGGGGUAUGACCUGCGACAAAGGUCACCGGCUGGAAUCAAAUUGAGGAUGUUGUGCCUUAGGACCACUCGACCACUAGGGCACCCUGAUUUAAUUGCUUUAUCAACUAUAUUACUUCUCUCUGCUCAUAAAUUCUUUUUCACUCUCAUCCGAUUAUGACUGUAAUAUAUUAUGUGUGAUCCUACUUAUUGGUUCAUUAUGUGAAAAUUAAAUAAAAGCAGCAAAGAGUCUGUGCUCUGUGUAUUUGCACAAGCCACAGGAUGGCCUCAUUAAUAACAAGUUUGUCCCAGUGAGCUCUAAUACACUUCCACAGGCUUGCAGUCUUAACUUGGGCACUCUGGUAGUUACUGCCAACACGUCACAAAACUAUGGGUAUUGCGUACUGACUUUUCUAAUUAUUCUGACCUUUGACCUACUUUAAAUCAAACUAUAAACAGUAUACUAGUUUGACAACUCCAUACAGAGUUACCUCCAUCUGUCCACUGACUGUCUACAUGUUUAAUGUUGUCAAAUUACUUUAGACGGCGUUAGAUGCUUUGCUCUGUCUAGAAAAGAUGGCUCAGCUCAUUUGAUUUGUCAGCAAAAGCCCUUUGAACGAAAACCACAGAUCUGUACUUAAGAGUCUGUGUACAUCAAUACCCCUGAUUGCUCAUUUGAGAAAACUGUAAAAUGUUUGAUAGAUGUUUGCUUCAAAGCCACCCAUUUCCCCACUCAUUUUGGGAAAUAGGUACUUGCCGUAAUAGGCUUUCGUACAGUUCACUCGUCUUGGAGUGGAUAGAAAGUAUAUAUCUGUUUGUGCUGUUUUCCCUCCUUGAGUUAAUUGGUUUUACAUUUGCUUACAUUUUAGUAUUUAUGGUUACAUUCAAGCUUUUUCCAGCCUUGGAAAUGUUUGUUUCACGAAGUUUGUCAUUUCCUGCCACCAGAGCUGCAUGCUCUCCACAAGCAUUUAAUUUAUGAAAAUGUAUAUGAUGAUGACAGGGUUUUUUUAGCAGCGUUUUCGCUCUCUUUCUCAGCACGUCAGCAUUCAUCUGAUGCCCAAGCGGCUGGUGCUGACUUGGGAGGACUGAUUGACGAGGAGGUGAAGACUGAAGUGAUGGAAUUUCCUUCCAAGACAGAGGAUCAGCCUUCGCUCCCUGCACCGCUCUAACGAUGAUGAUGAUGAGUUUUGGGACGUUUCUGGCCACUACUUGACAGAGCAGUAAGACCCUAGGAUAUUGAAGAAAACAGCAGAACAGAACAGAACAGAUUUUGUUCCAAGUAUCGAAUUUGACAGCAAAAUUUCAUUAAGACCUCUGUGUUCCAUGUAUUAUAUGACAAUUCCUAUUGUAAUGCCUCAUAGUUUUAGGUGCUACUGUUAUUCACUUCUGGUAUAAAGCACGAGAAAUGUUCUCAAAUGUUUGAAACAAAAUACAUAUAAAAUUGUAUUUCCACAUAGUUAAUGUUUUUAACUUCAGUUUAAACUUUAUGUUUCUUACUUAGAUGUCUUAAUGGGCUUGUCUCUGCAGUACUGAGUGGUAAACAUGUGCAGUAUUGUCAGGUGUGUAGGCCCAUAAAAGUCAAUAGUUGCGGGGGACGUGUAUUGAUACAUUUUCCUGUAAUUGAGUUGCAGCCCAUUUUGCACAGUGCACACCUUAAUUGUCACUAAAGUUUUAAAAUCACUUACUAACUGCACUGCUUCUCUUUAUCGCCAUCCCAUCCUAUGUGCUUGUAAUAUAGAUUUAAUAAGAAAAAUUAGGCUUUUACCUUGGAUAUUGACUUAUCAGUAUACGUCAUGAAAGAUGAGCCUGUAAUAUUUCAUCAAUUUAUUGUGCUAUCCCUAAAUGUCAUGAAUAACCCUCAGCAGCAUAAUACAUGUUGAGAGAGCAACACCAAGUGGCUACAGGCAGGACUGCAGUCUUGAAGUCCAUGUUCUUAAAGCUUGUAGCCAACUUUAACCACAAGAUUAGUGAGGCACUUGUUAAAAAUAAGAAUUCCUGUACCAUUCCCCAAUGUAUAAGUCUUAAUCAUAACUAUAUUAUGUCCAUAUUAGGACUUAAUCAUGUGGUGUAAUAUAACCAAUCCUGACUAAAAAGAUGAAUCAAAUUAACUGAACAGUAAUGACUGUCAAGAUAAUCAAAUAUGCUGCAGCCUGCAAUGCAAGAUGAUCCUGAAGGAUUAUAUGCAUUAAAUGUAAUUGAUGGUCCAAAUUGUAUCAAUAAGAAACAUUAAAAGUAUUCCAUAACAAGCCAUUUGCUGGUGUAAAUGCAGGAGUAUAUAUAAUAAAGCAGUGCCAACUA